AUGGCCAGUCUGGAGUGCGUUGGCGUGGAUCAUGAUGAUACUGAUGACAUCAGGAUGAUGAGUACUGUUACAGACAAUGAACAAGGUGCUGCGCAGCACUCAUUGCCAGGUGCUGAUACCUGUCGAGGUAAACUUGUGAUGCAAGUUGACAAAUUCAACCAGCACUACAUCCAAUGUCAGUUGCGCUCACGAGAUGAUCUGUCCCACCUGAUUCUCCACAACCUGCAAGAGUUCGAUACUGGCUACCUGCAGGCCCUCCUUGAUGAUGAUAAAGUAGUCAUUGCGUCUCAUGAACAAGAUGUGAGAGAUAAUGGAUAUGGCCCACUCAUUCCUUGUCAUUUUGUUGCCUCCCCGUCUCAGCAAAAACAACUUUGCCCACAUUGGCAUCAAUCCAAUGACGGAACAUUGGCACGCGGAGUGUUACUUAAAUGGGAGCACCGUUGUACUGCAAAAUUUGAUAUCUAUGUACCUGAGGACUUACCUGCAUGCCCCCAAGUUGCUGUUGUUUGUCGUAACCCCCAUUCACACCCACCACCGGCACCCAUCAAAACUCCACCUCUGCUUGUUGAUCUUUUUCAGACUCUUCUACUAGAUAUGGACUGGCAGCUUGCUGAUGCAACUCCAUGUCGGAUUGUUUUGGACUCAGGCUUCAUGAGAGGACUUUGUAUAGCAUUAGGAUGGGUAGCAGACCGAAGCCCUUGUCUUUCCGAUAUUCAUCCAUUGCUUGCCAACCUUGAUCAUGUCCGGCGUCUAAUCAAUGUUUUCCACUUCGAAAAGUAUCCCCUUGGUACUGGUUUUGAAGGUGCAAGGCUCCUAGUGGAUGAAGAAAACAAACAGUCGCGAGAACAACGCUAUGUUCGCUGUGCAGAGACCUACACUCUCACGGCAAAGACUGAAUUUCAUCUUGUUAUUUGUAUGACAAGUAACAUGUCUCACCGUCUCUUGGGUGCAAAACGCAUCUCAAUCGACACAUCUUUCAAGCGCCUUCAUGGCUGGCAGGAAUUUGAGAUUGAAGCAUGGGAUAGCGAACAUAUGCGAUCUGUGAUGGGUGCAAGAGCUUUCACAACAUCUCAAAGUGCCCAAGCACACUUAAUUCUCUUCCGGCGUAUUUUUGAGAUUGCUGAAGAAGAUACAGGACUAUCAGUGUCCUUCCAACACAUUCACGGCACAGGGUAUGAGUCUGUUGUUGCCGACGGACACAUGGGGCAGGGACUAGGUCUCGGGAUGUUCUGCGUCGAACUCUGUAAGAAUAAUAACACGUUCUGUGUUUACGAAAAACAAUGUCUGCUCCGUGACCUGGAUCCAUAUGCUCACUUGCGUCGUUUCUACCGUGUUUGUGUCACGCACUUCAAGCGCAAUGUUCAGGCACUCCGAACCUAUGUGUCAAGUGAGGUAUAUUCUGCAAUGUUGAGUUUAGCAUCUUCGGAGCCACAUCCGGACAUCAACAAGACACUAGCAACCAUCCGCGGCGGUGGGAGGAAAGCUCAAGCUUGGUUGAAGGAUAAAUUAGAAACAAAUAAAUUUGUGCUUGCUGCAAUAUACCGCCCAGCAAGCCUAAUACCCAAAGUCAUUUGGAGAGCCUGUCCAUCGACUACGAACGGCAAUGAGCAAGCCCAUCACAGUGCAAAUCGUGAUGGUGUUAAUCUCACCCUUCUUGGUGGCAUCAUGCGGGGUCGCGACUUUGAUGAGCGUGCUGCACAAAGUAUGGAAGUCCAUACAUCCUUGGGUAUCAACACCCGCGAUCAAGAUGCUACACAUGUCCGCCGUGCCACAAGAUCUAUUGUUCGACAAGCUCUCGUUCAACGGCGUUGA